AUGAAAUCCGAUAUUGAGUCCGCUGCCCAUCAUGGGAUCGCUGCACUUGGUCCCGAAAAGUUUGAUGACCCUGAGAAGCCGAGGAAUGAUAGCAUCCGUGGCUUGGAGACUUCAGUUGAGACAUCACUGCACAAGGAGCUCAAAGCACGACACAUUUCCAUGAUUGCCAUUGGCGGAGCUCUUGGGACUGGUCUUCUUAUUGGCACCGGCCAGGCUCUGGCAGAGUCUGGCCCAGGGUCUCUCCUCAUCGCGUUCUUGUUCAUGGGCGUUAUCAUUUUCAUGAUUAUGGCUGCUAUCGGCGAAAUUGCAGCGUGGCUUCCACUGAGCGCUGGCUUUGCAGGCUAUGCCACUCGUUACUGUCAUCCUGCCCUCGGGUUUGCCCUUGGAUGGACGUACUGGUUCAAUUACGCGCUUGCUGCCCCAAACCAGCUUACAGCCGUCGCUCUCGUCAUACAAUUCUGGGUACCUCGAGAGACGGUCAACCCGGGCGUGUUCAUUGCCAUCUUCAUCGUUCUAAUCUUCUCUAUCAACUAUUUUGGUGGUAUCAAAUUCUUUGGGGAAUUUGAAUUCUGGCUGUCGUCUUUUAAAGUUAUCGUCAUCGUUGGUAUCAUCCUGCUGUCGUUGGUUAUUACAUGCGGCGGAGGUCCCUCUGGAGAAGCUACGGGGUUCCGUUACUGGAAAGACCCUGGAGCCUUUGCAGAAAUUUAUACGACAGGCCCUCUGGGGAAAUUUCUAGGGUUUUGGUCUGUCAUGGUUAAUGCGACUUUCGCCUAUCUCGGAACUGAGCUCGUUGGAACAACAGCUGCCGAGGCGAAAAACCCACGACGUUCAAUUCCAAAAGCCAUUCGACUUACAUUUUACCGGAUUCUUUUCUUCUACUGCCUCAGCAUCUUCCUGGCUGGACUCAUCGUCCCCUAUAACUCAGAAGCUCUACUCUUUGCAGCCAACCAGCCAACCCCAGGAGCAAAUGCUAGCCCGUUCGUUGUGGCCGCCAAGGUUGCUGGGAUCAAAGUUUUGCCACACGUUAUUAACGCUUGCAUCUGCAUGUUUGUCUUUUCGGCUUCUAAUUCCGACCUGUACAUUGGAAGUCGAACACUCUACGGCUUGGCAAGUGAUCGAGCAGCGCCAGCCAUUUUCAAGCGGACUGAUCGUCGUGGUGUACCAUGGGUCGCUUUGCUUGCCUGUACCUCUUUCGCCCUACUCGCAUUCAUGAACGCGUCAGAUGACUCAAGGAGCGUAUUCAAGCACUUGAUCAAUGUCUGUACAGUGCUUGGAUUGCUGACGUGGAUCUCCAUCUUGAUCACUCACAUCCGGUUCGUCCGUGGUCGCAGGGCAAAGGGCAUUCCUGACUCCGCGAUGCCCUACACAGCACCUCAAGGUAUCUGGGGGAGCUAUGCGGCUCUUGUAAUUUGCAUCAUUGUUGCGCUAACAAAGAGCUACGGUGUUUUCAUCCUUCAGGGCAAGCCAUUUGAUUACGCCUCUUUCAUUACUGGUUAUAUCGGCAUUCCGGUAUAUCUCGUUCUUCUCUUUGGUCAUAUGCUUACUCAGAAGAGCAAGCUGGUCAAGAUUGAAGACAUGGAUUUCUUUACUGGGAAGGAUAUUGUAGACCGAUACGAAGCCGAGUUCCUGGAGGCAGAGGCGGCCAGAGAGGGACGUAACUCGAAAUGGGUGAAGGUGUAUGACCGGACUUUGCCGUGGCUAUUUUAG